GCGGCGGGGCGGCGGGGGCCGGGCCGGGCGGCGUAACCGGAGGCUGAGGGGGCGGAGCCGCGCGCGCAGCUGCCAGCCGGCCGCGGGGCCCAGGCAGAAGACACCCGCCCGCGGCCGGGCACGCACCGCGCGCCGCUCCUCUCCGAACAAUGCUCCGCGGCGGAGGGCGGCGCGGCGACCGACGGCGAGGCCCCGGGAGCGCAGCCCCGAGGAAGUCAUUCUUGGCCCCACCCCUGCCACCCGCAAGACUACAAGAGCAAGCCGGGCACAAGAUGACACGGCACCCUGAGGGCCCACGAUGCAGCAGUCCAUCCGACUGAACCCUGAGCCCUUGAAGAUGUCAGCGUGCAGUGACUUUGUGGAACACAUCUGGAAGCCCGGGUCCUGCAAGAACUGCUUCUGCCUGCGGAGUGACCAUCAGCUGGCGGCCGGCAGGCCCCAGCCCCGAGCAGGCAGCCUGCCCCCCAGGCCCGACAACGGCCGCCUGGAAGAUGACGGCGUGAGCAGCUCGCCCUACUCCAAGCCCACGAUCGCUGUGAAGCCCACCAUGAUGAGCUCGGAGGCCCCCGACGUGUGGACAGAGGCCGGCGUGAGCACCGAGGUCUCGCAGGUCAUCUGGAGACGAGCCCCCGGCAAGCUGCCCCUGCCCAAGCAGGAAGACGUGCCUGUCGUGUACCUGGGCAGCUUCCGCGGCGUCCCGAAGCCCGUCGGCCCCUGCGCCUCCGCCGAGGGCGGCCCCCGCUGCCCACCUGCCUACGCCGUGGUCGGCCUGCACAGCCUAGAGACCCGGGGGGACAGGAGCCCGGCCUUCCACCCCGUGAGCUUCCCGGACGACAAGGUGGGCCGGGAGGAGAAAGCUGAGCUGCCCUCGGCCCAGGAGAGCUUCCGCCAGAAACUGGCGGCCUUCGCGGGUCUGAGCUCGGGCGGGCCCCGCGGCCCCCGGCCCUGCCCCUCGCCCCCGCCGAGGGGGUCGCUGCCCUCCGAGGACGACAGCGACCAGAGGUGCUCGCCGUCCGGGGACAGCGAGGGCGGCGAGUACUGCUCCAUCCUGGACUGCUGCCCUGGCAGCCCCGCGGCCCAGGGCGCCUUGCCUGCCGGAGGGGACUGCUCGCCCCCGCGCUGGGAGCCCACCGCUGCCGAGGAGAGGCGGGCCCUGAGCGGCAGCCCUGGCCCCGCUGCCUACCCGCCCCGCCUGGGCCCCAAGAAGCCUUCGCUCACCUCAGAGGCCGCCAGCUCCUCCGAUGGCCUCUCCUGCUGCAGCCGCAGCAGUGGCACCAGCAGCCCCUUCGCUCCCCACCUUGACAGCGAUUACUGUUCCCUGGUGAAGGACCCCGCCCCCGCGAAGCACCAGGACUCAGGCGGCUGCCACGUGACCCCCAGCAGGUGCCUGGGGCCUGCGGGGGAGCCCCAGCCCAGGGAGGCCGUGCUGCCUGAGCCCAUCUAUGCUGAGAGCACCAAGAGGAAGAAGGCCCCGCCAGGCCCUCCGCGAUCCCAGGCCAAGGCAGAGCAGACAGCAGCCGCCCAGGGCCAGGUGUGGACCAGUGAGGCCAGGGCUCACAAAGUAGCAGCGGGCUGGAGCCAGGACAGGGAAGGCUCGGACAUGGCUCCGCAGGUGGGUGCCACCAUCACGGUCAUGGCAACCCACCCCGAAGAGGACCACCGGACCAUCUAUCUGAGCAGCCCGGACUCGGCAGUGGGUGUGCAGUGGCCGCGGGGGCAUGGCAGUCAGGACUCCGAUGUGGGCCAGGACGAGACUUCAGCCAGGCAAUGCCUGAGCUCCAGGGAAGGCCAUGCACACGAUACCAGCGAAAGCGGGCUCAAAGGGAGGCCUGCCAUCCCCCCCAAGCUGUCCAAGAGUAGCCCUGGGGGGUCCCCCGUGUCAUCAUCCCCCUCCCCGCUGGCGGACCUCGGGGAGGGCAGCCUGGGGCCCGCACCUGUGUCCAGAGGCCCUGCUGAGCCUACUCCUUCCUGUCGGACCAAUGGUGCUGCUGCCAGUGACCCUGUCAGGUGCCCGCCACCUGCUGCCACCCCCUCAGCCGUGGACCAGAGGCGGCCCAGGUACCAGCCAGGUGCUUGGAGUCGCCAGUGCCGGAUAGAGGAAGAGGAGGAGGCAGAGCAGGAAUUGCUGAGUCACAGCUGGGGAAGAGAGACGGAAAAUGGCCCCAUGGCCCCUUCCAGCGCCUCCACCUGGCACCGGGUGCACCCCACCGACGGCUCCUCCUCCUCCGGGCAGCACGGCAAAGCCAGCACGGGCAUGAGCAAGUCGGCUUCUUUUGCCUUUGAGUUUCCCAAGGACAGGAGUAGGAUGGAGACUUUCUCGCCUCCUCCCCCGCCCCCGAAGUCCAGGCACCUUUUAAAAAUGAACAAGAGCAGCUCUGACUUGGAGAAAGUGAGCCAGGGUUCUGCAGAGAGUCUCAGCCCGUCCUUCAGGGGCGUCCAGGUCAGCUUCACCACCGGCUCCACCGACAGCCUGGCCUCGGACUCCAGGACUGCCAGCGAUGGAGGUAAGGGGCUGGACCUGGAUGUGGAGGCUCAGGUUUUCCUGGAUGUGCAAGGCCGGCCCUGGGUUGAUUGGCAGGAUGUGGGAGCGCUGAGCAAGGGUCCAGCUUUCACCACGCGAGCUGGAGAUGAGUCGGACAGAGCUCAGGGCAACUCACCUGGGACUCUGGCCCUGACCUCGAGGUUUUCACCGGCCCAGCUGCUGCCGGACAGCAGAGCUGUGCUCAGAGCAAACCGAGCGCCGCUUGUUCCUGGGCUCAAAACAGGACUGACCACUUCCUCUGUGAGCCCAGCGCUCAUUUUGUCUGCAGAGAACAAUGAAAACUUCUGCCUCUCCCCGCAGAUCUGCAAGACCCCUGAGCCCAAAGCAGCCUCCUACUGCAGCCCCUCUGUGCCCGUCCACUUCAACAUCCAGCAGGACUGCGGCCACUUUGUGGCCUCGGUGCCGUCCAGCAUGCUGGCCCCUCCCGACGCACCCAAGGACCCUCAGCCGGCCCUGCCCGCGCAGCCCCCAGCCCAGGAGCAGGACUGCGUGGUGGUCAUCACCCGCGAGGUGCCGCACCAGACCGCCUCCGACUUCGUGCGGGACUCGGCCGCCAGCCACCGGGCAGAGCCCGAGGCGUACGAGCGGCGCGUGUGCUUCCUGCUUCUGCAGCUGUGCAAUGGGCUGGAGCAUCUAAAGGAACACGGAGUCAUCCACCGAGACCUGUGCCUGGAGAACCUGCUGCUGGUGCGCUGUGCGCCGCAGGCUGCCCCCGGCCCCGCCGCCCCACCCACCGCCCCAGCCCCCGGCCCGGCCGCGCCUCCCCGCGCUGGCGCCUCCACGGCCCCCGCAGCCGGAGCCACCCCGAGCCCGCCGGACGCCCCCGCCUGCCAGGGCGUGCCCGGGGACAAGCAGUUGCCCCGACUGAUCAUCAGUAACUUCCUAAAGGCCAAGCAGAAGCCGGGCGGCUCCACGAACCUGCAGCAGAAGAAGAGCCAGGCCCGGCUGGCCCCCGAGAUCGUGUCGGCCUCCCAGUACCGCAAGUUCGACGAGUUCCAGACGGGCAUCCUCAUCUACGAGCUGCUGCACCAGCCCAACCCGUUCGAGGUGCGCGCGCAGCUGCGGGAGCAAGACUACCGGCAGGAGGACCUCCCGCCGCUGCCGGCCCUGUCGCUCUACUCGCCCGGGCUGCAGCAGCUGGCGCACCUGCUGCUAGAGGCCGACCCCAUCAAGCGCAUCCGCAUCGGCGAGGCCAAGCGCGUGCUGCAGUGCCUGCUGUGGGGGCCCCGGCGCGAGCUGGUGGAACAGCCGGGCCCCUCGGAGGAGGCGCUGUGCAGCACGCUGCACAACUGGAUCGACAUGAAGCGGGCCCUGAUGAUGAUGAAGUUUGCCGAGAAGGCCGUGGACCGCAGGCGGGGCGUGGAGCUGGAGGACUGGCUUUGCUGCCAGUACCUGGCCUCGGCCGAGCCCCGAGCCGUCUUGCAGUCGCUGAAGCUCCUGCAGCUGCUGUGAGCCCGGCGCCCUCCUCCUGCACUUUGGCUGCCCCUGCUCGCGUGCCUGCCCCGCCCCCGCUGCCCUUGCUUGCCUUGCCAAUAUCCAUGUCUCCCUGGGAAAUGGUACAAACGGCUGUGAUGCUCGGAUGUAAUAUAUAUAUAAAAUAUAUAAAUAUGGAUGACAAAGGGUGUCCUUGGCCUUGGCCUUGACCUUGGCCGUGGCCUCCUCUCCUCACCAAGCUGUCCCCGGUUUUUUCCUGUAAUCACAUGCGUUUCUCGCACAGUACAAGGUCUGCCAACAGAAUAGAGCCUGGACAUUGGCCUCACUACCCCAAGAUGAGAACCCUUCACCCUCCUGUCAAACUGUUAUUUAAUGCCCCUCUUCCCCACACACAAAAAAAAAAAUCCAUUAAAAAUGUUUGCUUGGGUCCUUUAUCCCCAAGCACAUUAA